AUGGCCAGGGCACCUGCAAUGGCACCUGCAACACCGGCACCGGCAAUGCCGGCAACACUGCAAGGGACGUUGCAUGGUCCCAAGCACGGCUCUUGGCAGAUGGCGAGCAUAGUCAACCAGCACGCGCACAGGGCGCACGGGCAUCCCACUGCACCCACGCACCGUGCUACGAGUGCUACGGCUGCAACGAGUGCUACGAGCACCAUGCACCACGCCACGCAUCCCUUGCACCCUCACCUGCACCGAGAGUUUCGCGAAUGGGCUGCUCUGACCUCCCACGAACUCCAGGAUGGCUGCGAUACCUUUGACUACUACUGGGACGCAGCGUGGCCCUCCUCUGGCUCUUCAGGCUCCUCCAUGUCCUUACCAGAGGAGCCACAGGAAAUCCUGGUCGUGAAUAGCAUGCAGAGUAAGGCCUUCACCUCCCUCUGCUGGGACUUGACGAUGGCAGAACUUGUGGCAUUUGAUGCAGAGUGGGUUCCGGACCUCGAGGAUUCCGAUCAUCCCAUCUCCGUCUUGCAGUUGGCAUUCCCAAGGACGUGCAAGGUCUACUUGCUCCAACUGCAGCAAAUUGGAAGAACCCCCCUGCCUGUGCAGCAGAUGCUUGUGAAUCCAUGGGUGACCAAGGUUGGCUUUGGCGUGGAUUGCAAAGAUGCAGACAAAUUCAUGACCACCGGAAUUCCCUUGUAUAGAGACUCUGUGGUGGACAUGCAGCCGCUGUGCUCCCAGCUCCUGGCGGGUCCCCACGUGUGUGUCGGCCUGCGGCGCACGGCCUUGCACCUGCUUAGCUAUGUCCUAAGAAAGGACAGGAGCUGCAGCUGCUCGGAUUGGUCGGUGGAGACGCUCUCACCAGCACAGGUGCAGUAUGCAGCCUUGGACGCCUGGGUCACGCUCCGUCUCUUUUACCGUGUUUGGACACCCUGGGAGUGA